CCAGCCAAUGAAUGACGUUUGGAGGCGGGACAACAUGGCAGGAACUCAGCUCUUAGCUCAUGAGGUUGUAAAAAAGAAACAACUGUAAAGAAAAAGAAAAAAAACAGUUUGAUACGAAAAUAAAGCCCGUUUGUAUUGAACAGAAAGAGUGUUUAUUAAUACAUUAAAGCUGUCUUGAUGUUUAAAGGGCGGCAUUGCAAUAAAAGUGUCGAGGGAGAUGUGUAGUAGGCAUUAGCUCAAACGCGCUAACGACUUGCUAACUUAGCGAACAAGUCAACAUGCUGCCGCACAAAAAGCGUUAAAAAGUGAACGAAGGUAACGUGGCGCGAGGGACCCCCCCUUUACGAGAGGACGGGGAUGAAGAAGUGGAACUGGCGAGAGGGACAGCGACCGCACAGGCGACGAGGCGCCGGUCAACGCCGCGGAUGGCACCGAGGCAACCGGCAAUGGUCAACUCAGGACGAACAAGGCUCUGGACGUAAUAACGCGUGGCCACCAUUAAGAGCACCGCAGAGGAGAUCUGAAAACCAGUCCGCCUCUUCGUCUUCAUCUUCAUCUUCAUCUUCAUCCUCCUCGUCUUCCUCCCAGGCCAGCAGUGCAGCGCCAGAGCUGCCCGGUUUCUACUUUGACCCGGAGAAAAACCGUUACUUCCGCCUGUUGCCCGGACACAACAACUGUAACCCGCUGACCAAAGAGCAGUUGCGGGAGAAGGAAAGAGAGAAAGAGAGGAACAAGAUGCUCGCAGAGGAUGAAAAGCCAAGAAAAAAAGCACCGCGAACAGGACUGAACACUUUGCUACUGCUGCAGAAAAGACACCUCGGCAUGUUACCUGAGAACUCCUAUUGCAGGCUGGUCCACGAGGUGAAGGUCAGCGGGAUGAGACGCCACAAGCUGGAGAUCCAGAGCACGGACAACAGCAACCCCAACACUGACAACUUUAGACUCAUAGUGGGGGACUCUGCAUGCGAGCGAGUGUUCACCGUCAAUGACGUCUCACACGGAGGCUGCAAGUACGGCAUCAUGAACUUCAGCAGCAGCAGCCGGGGAUCUUUGUCUGUGGAAAUGUGCGACAACCUCUACUUCACAAACCGCAAGGUGAAUUCCAUCUGCUGGGCCUCGGUCAACUACCCAGACUCCCACGUCCUGCUGUGUCUGGUUGGAGCAGCAGACACCCCCGGCUGCGUCAGUUUACUUCCUGCUUCCCUCUUCAGCAACUCCAACCCAGACCAGCCCGGGAUGCUGUGUAGCUUUAAGAUAUCCUCCGCCUGGUCUUGUGCUUGGUGCCUCAACCCACAGUUUGACAAGACCUUCAGCACUGGCCUGUCCCGUAGGGUGAUAGUGAAAGAUGCAGAGACGGGUCGAACGCAGACGUACAGCACCAGCAGCGACGUCUUGGCUCAGCAGUUCGCCCUCCGGGUCCCCGUGCUGUUUAACGGCUGCCGAUCGGGAGAGAUCUUCAGCAUUGACCUGCGGCAGCGUGGCCGCAGGGACCAAAGCUGGAAGGUGAGUCGCUUCCAUCAAGAGUCGGCCAUCACCUCCGUGCGCGUCCUCCAGGAUGAGAACUACCUGCUUGCCGCUGACAUGCUGGGCCAGAUUAAGCUGUGGGAUGUGCGAGUGACAAAGCCAGUACAGGAGUACAAAGGGCACCACAAUGAGCAUGCCUACCUUCCCAUCCAAGUCAAUGAGCCCGAGGGGCUUCUGUUGGCAGUCGGUCAGGAUUGCUACACGAGAUUAUGGAGUCUAAAAGAUGGCCAACUACUGAGGACUAUCCCAUCCCCCCAUCCGGCCGCGAACGACCUGAUCCCCAGCGUGGUCUUCUCCUCCAAGCUGGGCGGCUGCAGGGGGCUGCCGGGCCUGCUCAUGGCCGUCAAGCACGACCUUUACUACUUCCCGUACAACACCGACUACCAGGAAGGAGGAGAGCAGCCGGGCCGGCCUUUAGGAAAAGACUGAGAAUUAUUCCUCAUCUCACUUAUCAUUUCCUAAAACACCCGUGUUUUUGUUUGCCAAAUUUAUGGAUGGAGUUAUAUUUCAUAUAGGUAUUUUAUAAUUGAAAGGGUUUGGCCGGUAUGUUGUUAAUUUCCACAAAGGCCGCGCUGAACUUUGACCUCAGAAGAGUAACAUUGAAGUCUCAGGGGAAUGUUGUUCUUUGACUUGUUCCACUUGUUUGUGCCAAAAGGAAAUCGAAGUGCCACAUACUCGAGUGCACGCAAGUACUGGAGUUAAGAUUUCUCUAAUCUUUACGCAAAAAGUGCUCUUACUUACGACAUGAUUGACUUUGAUUUUUAAAGUGAUUUAGGAUGUCUCUGAUCUGAAAAGUGAUAAUACUGUAAAUCAACACAUUUUCUAAUUGCUGUUCAAUGAAAAAAAAUGUUAAAGCAGUAAA